AUGGACGAAACCAAAUCUUUAAUGGAAAUAAAUAAAACUCCUAAUCUUCCAUCACCGAAAGCCUUGUCCAUCUUAGGGAAACAUUACUUAACGAGAGAAGAUUUGGAGAAUUUGAUACAAGCGAGAUUUAAACAAGAGACCCCGCGUGAUCGUAUCGAACGACUGCUUUGGAAAAAUGAACUAGGUAAAUAUCCUGUUCACGCAAGUCUAAAAGACUGGCAGUGUCUCGCAGUUGCCAUCAGUCUUGGCUGCGUAUUUGGAUAUAAUCGUAAGGAAGAAAUGAAGCCUGUAUAUGUUCGACAAACAUCUAUGUUAAAGUUUCAAGAUCGUCUGACGGCUGAGCGAGCUUAUCGACAAUUUAAUGUGGUUAUGUUCAUGAAAGAAGCAUACAGAGUUGCAUUUCUUAUUCUCUUUGUUACCGAGACAAUUAUGACCAGUCAGUACGCUAUUGAGGCAUAUCGAAAUAAAUCAACAAUAUAUGAUUGCAUACCGGGUGCUGCUUUUGUUGGUUUUACAUUCAAAAUGUUUCAUAGUCCACUGGCAGCAGUUGUUUCAACGAUACAAGGUGGUAUGAUAGGUUUUCUCUACGGCUUCAUUCAUAAUGUUGCUACCCGAUUAAUCAAUCGCACAUACGAAGAUAUACAUUAUGAACAAGUUAUGAAAUGGAUACUAUAUCGAGAGAAUGCCGAAUUAUGGAGUGCUCAUCUAGAUGAAUUACCACCGGAUUAUGUUCCACAAGAGCCCGAACGAACAUGGGGUCUCGGAUGGUUUAAACCAUAG